GCCAGAGGUCAAAGACCUGACUACUGCAGCGUAGCUACCAGCACGCACACACACACACACACACACACGGGCCAGAGGAGGACAUUCCACAACGGCAACGAGUUGGGCAGCACUGACUUCCUGAGGAAACAACACUGGCUUCCUGUCAAAUUAAGCCAAGCAGGCCACUGCAGGGGGUGAUAACGGCCGAGGCAGCGCGUCACCUCGCUGUCCACUCCCAUCCACCACAUGCACCACUUCUCCUCGAGGACCGUCAGCCUCGCGCCGCCGCUCUUCAGGGAUGGGCCUCCUGCUGCUGCUCACCUGCUCGCUCCUGUCCAGCUGCAGCGUGGUCCACGCACAGCGAAAAUUUACCAUAAGAAGCGUCGAGCUGUUCAUCGAGCCCCACGUUAAUGUGACUCGAGGGACCAACGUGACGGUGAGGUGCAGGGCCCUGGUCAGCAGCCUGGACCAAGAGCCGCUGAGUCGUGAGUACGUCAUAUACAAGGACAACAAAAAUGUCUACACCAAGACCUCCAUCACCCCCGAGGACCUCCUGUACCCCCUGCCCCACGCCAGAGUCGCUAACACAGGCAACUAUAGGUGUGGAAUCACCAUCGAGGGCAAAAGGAUCAAGAGUGAGGAUAAGAAGCUCACUGUUACAGGCUUGUCAAAGCCAGUUCUCCGCCUCAACAACACCGAGGUCACCGAAGGGGACGAAGUGACGGCCAAGUGCGAGGCGCCCGGCGAGACGGGUUCCAUCUUCUUCUCCUUCUACGAAGGCUCCAAGGUGAUCACGGAGAGCGGGGUGAACGGCAACCAGCUGGAGGCCCAGCUUCCGUUGAGCAGCACCGGCACCCACACACUCCACUGCACCUACGUUGUCUUCAUAAUGCAGGACUUGUUCAAGUCUGAGGAAAGUGACGCCGUCCAUGUCACAGUCAGAGAGUUCACCAGCACACCAGUACUGGAGAUCUACCCUCUGUCAGACGUCUACGAGGGCGACCGCCUCAACCUGCUGUGCACCAUCCGAAACCCUCUGCUCGACUCUAAAAGCGGGUACCUUUACCUGAGUCAGGGGAUGACGAUGCUCACGGCCGGAGUCUCCGCAGUCAACUACACUGUGGUCGCAAAGUCACAUGUCCCGGCGGAGUUCGAGUGCAGGUUCGAGAUGGGAAGGAUAGAAAAAGUCACCACCAAGCAAAUUGCAGUGACUGAGCUCUUCUCAGUGCCCAAACUCACCAUUUCUCCAGCUGAAGUCUUUCAGGGAGACAACAUCACGCUGACCUGUAGAAGCGAGAUCUAUGUUCCUGGAAGAAUCAACAACAGAGAUCUGAUUUACAGCCUUAGCUCGUUUCGGGAAGGGUUCACCAAAAUGAGCCCGGGCGUGUUCUCUGGCAGGACCCUGCCCUAUGAGUUCAACUAUACCUGUGCAGCUCAGGCCAGAGGAGUCCUGAAAGAGAGCCAGAUCCUGACUGUGCUUCCCAAAGUUUCUGUCUCCGCUCCAGAGAUUUCGGUGCUGGGCCUGCCGGUCGUGGGACGCACCUUCCAGAUCCUCUGUCACUCGGCCGUUGGCAGUUUGCCCAUAAGCUACACCCUUCUGAAGAACGGCGUCCCACUCAAACCAUUCCGUGUGACGCUACCGUGGCAAAAAGCCACUUUCCCGGUGUCCAUCAGCAGCCCCCAAGAAAUAAACAGUUACAGAUGUCAGGCUAAGAAUAGGAACGAGGUGGAGCAGCACAGCAACAGCCUCAACGCCACUGUCAUCGUGCCUCUGACGAAGCCGACCCUGUUCACGCACCCUAACCUGACCCAGACCUACCUGUACGAGGGCAACGAGCUGCUCCUCAUAUGUGAAGUCACGGGCUCGCCGCCGGUCACCUACCAGUGGUACCGCGGCGGACGCAGGCUGACCAGCGCCUCCAACCUCAGCAGCGUGGGCUACCACUUCCAGAGGCUGAGCAAGGAGGACGGCGGCAGCUACCACUGUGAGGCCGGCAACGAGGCCAGCGUGGUCCGCAGCGAGGCGCUCACUGUGGAGGUGUACACGGCCAUCUGGAAGCAGGCGCUGAUCGUCGGGGCGUGUGUGCUGCUGCCCGCGGCGCUGGUGCUGGGCUGUGUGCUUUACUUCAAGUCCAAGAGAGGUAAAAGAGAAGCAGCUGCUGAAUUGUCAGUAAAGCCUUCAGGCCCUAAAUCAGACGUCUCUCUAACUCUCACCCGCAGCACAGAGGUUUCUAACGCGGCCACAGCAGGUCUGGACGGAGCCGUAGUCAGCGUGUGGACUGAGCGACCGCCUGAUGCAGGCGAUGACGACGUGAGCAACGUGGUGCCGCCGGACCCAGACGUGGAGUACACGGAGGUGGUGCAUCCCCAUUCAAUGGAUCCUGCCCGAGUUCCCCUGAGAAAAGGCACGGACACAGUGUACAGCGAGCUCAAGAACGCUCCCCAUGGGGCUGCUGACCAUCAUGACUACGGUUCACUGGAGUACGCGGGGCUCAACGGUGAGCAGCCUGAGGUCGGCCACUGCAGCCCAGAGGUCAACGGGUACCACGACCUGCCCGAGCCGGUGGACUAGUGGCCAUGUUGUCUCCUGCUCAUUCUAGUUACGAACUUACAAUCAGUGAACGCCUGCUUAGUUAGCUGUAAAUAUUUCUUACCUAAUUAAAGGUGUGUUGUUGAA